UGAAUCAGCUGACUGCGAGCUGUUUCUGAGAAACAAACGCUAAGGGGCGCUCAGAGCGAGAGGACAUCACUUGUAUAGCCGUGCUGGCUGCGUAUCAAUGAGCCUGGCAGACACUCAGUGGAGUGUGAGUGAGUGAGUGAGUGAGUGAGAGAGGGGAGCUGAGAAACGAGGAACAGAUAGCGGUGGAUGUGAUAAACACACGCGGCCAUGGGGUCUCUGCAUAGAAGCCGCAGUCUCAGUGACUGCCCGAAGCCUGGUGAACGCCAGCGCCUACUAUCACCAGCACCUUGCUAUGGCGCCCGACUGUGUGACGAGUCAAAUCCAGAAGAGAUCCGAAUCAGACGUCGGCUGAAAUAUUUCUUCAUGAGUCCAUGUGAUAAGUUCCGGGCAAAGGGUCGUAAGCCAUACAAACUGGCCCUGCAAUUGGUCAAGAUUAUGUUUGUUACUAUACAGUUGAUUCUAUUUGGGCUCAGUAAUCAGAUGGUUGUACAGUUUAAAGAGGAAAAUACCGUGGCCUUUAAACACCUUUUCUUAAAGGAUUAUGCAGAUGAUUCCGAUAAAACCUAUUCUGUGUACACUCAGAAUGAUGUCUACCAGUACAUAUACUAUGCCGUGGAUCAGUAUCUGUCUCUACCGAACCAAACAAUAGCUCGAUAUGCAUAUGCCGACACUACUCUAUCUCUGUGCCAGCAGUAUUAUCGCAAGGGCCACAUUGAUCCUGCUAAUGACACCUUUAAUAUUGACCCAGUGGUUGUCACAGAUUGUGUAUUUCUGGAUCCUUUAGACCCCAAUCAAGACUACAGAAACAUUACCAUUAAGUUUCACAAAUUAAUAAAUAUAACUGUUCAGUUUCAACUAAAGGCAAUUAAUAUUCAGACAAUCAUUAAUAAUGAGAUUCCAGACUGUUACACGUUUACAAUCACAAUUCUUUUUGAUAACCAAGCACACAGUGGGAGAGUCAAAAUUAAUUUGGGCAACGAGGCAACUAUUAAGGAGUGCAAGGAUCCCAGUGUAUAUGGCAGAGCUGACAAUCACUAUCGACUGGCAUUUGAUAUCUUUGUGGUUAUUUGUUGCAUCCUCUCCUUUAUUUUGUGCGGCCGAUCCAUCGUACGGGGCCUACGAUUACAAAACGAAUUUGCUGGAUUUGUGCGUACCCACCACGCUCUGACUGUUUCGCUUUCGGACCGUUUGGAGUUUGUGAAUGGCUGGUACAUGCUACUCAUUAUUAGUGACAUCCUCACUGUGUCUGGCACAUUCAUGAAAAUUGGUAUUGAGUCUAAGACAUUCGCCAGUUAUGAUGUCUGCAGCAUUUUACUGGGCACCUCCACCCUGCUUGUGUGGGUGGGUGUGAUCAGAUACCUCAGCUUUUUCCAAAAGUAUAAUAUCCUGAUUGUCACCUUACGGGUUGCUCUCCCCAAUGUGAUCCGAUUCUGCUGCUGUGCUGCAGUCAUCUAUCUGGGAUAUUGUUUCUGCGGCUGGAUUGUGCUUGGACCCUAUCAUGUCAAGUUCCGCUCUCUGUCCAUGGUAUCGGAGUGCCUCUUCUCACUCAUUAAUGGCGAUGACAUGUUUGUAACCUUUUCUGAGAUGCAGCAGAGCAGCAACUUGGUGUGGUUGUUCAGUCAGCUGUAUCUUUAUACCUUCAUCAGCCUUUUUAUAUAUAUGGUCCUCAGCCUCUUCAUAGCACUAAUCACAGGAGCUUAUGAAACCAUUAAGUGUCAGAACAUGGGCGAUGACAGUAUCACUGCUCUUGAUCAAUAUAUAGCAGAGUGUAAGGACAGCCCUAGCUCUGGAAAAUUCCGCUCUACCAGCACUACAGAUUGUUCCAUUUUAUGCUGCUGUAAAACACAACCUGGGGAUGAUGAUGCUGUGAUAAUUAACUAAGUUCCCUGUGUAUCCGGAUUGGAAAUGGAUGCCUGAAUUGCACACAACGGAGAUGACGCUUUUAAUUCCGUUUUUAAAGACUGUUUAAAAUCUAUUCCGUUUAUAUUUUAAAAUUUGGCCUACACCUCUCACCUCUACAAGUGAAGGAGGCAUGUUAUUUUAUUCAUGUUAACACUACCUAGCAUGUGCAGGCUGGAACAAUCCAUGGAACCUGGUUUUAUUUAUGAGAUCUUAUGUUUAUAUUUUUUCUUUUAAAUAAAGUAGAUGGGGAGGGAGGAAGUUUUCAAAAGAGCCAUUGGAUGGUCACCAUAGGAGGCUGUGAGGGGAAAAUAGAAUGGCCAAUACAAGAGGGAUUGAUUAUAAGGGUUAAUGGGUGUUAGUCUGCACCCUGGUGGGAAAUGUGUGGUGUGUACGGCUGCGUGUGUGUGUGUGUGUGUGUGUGUGUGUGAUAAAUUACUGUGAAUGUGAGUGAUCAUGUGAAACAUUGCUAUGAAUGCAUACAGAAUGAGAGCAUAGAGACUGCCAAACACACAGUUAUACUUAGAAAUAUUACUGUGGCCAAUCAUGUUUCAUAUAUGUGACACUUUUUGUUGAUUUUUUUUUAUUUAUUUAAAUAUUUUUUAAGGUUUUUUUUUUCCUUUCUGAAUAAAACGUGUCACAAAACUU